AUGAGAAGAAUAUAAUUAUAUAUAGUAUUUCUCUGUGUCUCCCUCAUAUGUACACAGCACAUAAAGCAAGGGUGAAGGGUGCUACAUACAAAGUACGUCCACCAGUCAGUCUAAACAUUCCUUUUUCCUGCUUUUAAAACCAGUUUGAAGAAAAAGAGGUCAUUUUACUCUCUUUGAAGACACCAUUUUUGCAUCAACCGCUUUCAGUUGCAUCCAUGGACACUCAAUGGCCACAGGAGAUUGUGGUGAAACCAAUAGAAGAGAUAGUCACAAACACUUGUCCAAAGCCUGCAGCUUUAGAGAGGAAAGCAAGGCCUCAGAAAGAACAAGCUAUAAACUGUCCAAGGUGCAAUUCAACAAACACCAAAUUCUGCUACUACAACAACUACAGCCUCACACAGCCAAGAUAUUUCUGCAAAACAUGUAGAAGGUAUUGGACUGAAGGUGGAUCUCUCAGAAACAUUCCUGUUGGGGGAGGCUCAAGGAAGAACAAGAGAUCAUCAUCAUCAUCAUCUUCUUCUUCUUCCUCUUCAAAAAAGCUUCCUGAUCUUAAGAUCCAUGAGGGUACUCAAGAUCUCAAUUUGGCUUUCCCAGCCACUCAAGAUUUCAGAAACAAGCAGAACCAAAUUCCUGCUACUUCUUCUACAACUACAACUACUACUACCUCUACAUCUCAGCUUUCAGCUUUGGAGCUUCUCACAGGGAUAACCUCAAGGAAUUUCAAUUCUUUCAUGCCUAUGCCAGUUCCUGCAGAUCCAACCACAGUUUACACAUCUGGGUUUCCCUUGCAGGAUUUCAAGCCAUCCUUGAAUUUCUCUCUGGAUGGGCUAGGGAGUGGAUAUGGGAGUUUCCAGAGUGUUGUUCAAGAGAAUAGUGGGAGGCUUUUAUUUCCAUUUGAAGAUUUGAAACAAGUCUCAAGCACUACAAGCGGUAUUGAGCAAAGCAAAGAGCAAGGAGAUUCAUCUGGGUAUUGGACUGGAAUGUUAGGUGGAGGAUCAUGGUAAAGAAGAUGAAAGAUAAUCUGGGUUUAUGUUUUUUUUUUUUUUUUCCUUUUCUUUUUUCAAUUAUGGGUUUUUAGGCUGUGGGUUACUUGUUUGGAUUUCUUCAUAACUAACAGAUCAUAGGAUACAUGGGUUUCUUUCUCCUUUGGCUUUUUCUAUUUUCCUUCUAAUCAUCUUGUUUACUCUUUGAGCAUGGUGGGAAUUUUGAAGCUUAUUUUAGGUUGGCUUCACGAAAGGAUGAUAUGAUUUGAGAUACUUUGUAAGGAUAGAAGAAGAGAUAUCAAGACAUGCCCAGAAUUUUUUUAGGGUUAACAAGUAGAGAAGGGAAAAUGCACCAUGCCCUUUAUUUCA